AUGGCAUCCAUCACUACCACCGCUGCACAUUGCAGGCCCGUCCGUAUGAGUCAAGAGGGCAGCGCACCAUCCAACUCCAGCUUCACUGUCUCGACAACCGGCUCGAGCUUUCAGGUCGGACGAGAGAGCAACAUUCGAGUGCAAGUUCGAGUGGCAGAUGUUACGCAGGAUCACUUGCACCUUGCUUUACUCGAUCAGAAUGCAGACUGCCUCGAUCUGCGCAACUCAGACUUGGCAGGCCAUCACUUGAUCAUCACAGCAAACAUGCUAUCUCGACAACUUGCCGUCGUUCCUCUCGAUCGCCACCAAAUGUCGAAUCUUACCCUUGCCAUGGCGGAAGCGACAAUCUUGCUUCGCAAUGGUUGGCUCGACUACUCUGCCAUGCGUUCGCAAUGGUGCUUCUCUCUCGUUCCUGUUCCGACACCAUCGUCAUCACAAGUAUCGCCUUGGCAGGUACAGCUGCAACAUGCUGUAGUGAUGACGCUAGUGCCAGGUAACAUGACCGAUAUGGAUCAGUGUUUCAGAUGCUUCCGCGUCGAAUUGCAAUGGUCGCAUCCCAUCCAAGCUGAUGCCAAAGACAUAGACGCCUUGCUGCGAAUGCGACCUCUUUCACCAAUCAUGGGCAAUCUUGUAGAGCAGUUGACAUCUCGUCUAUUGGUCGAGGCUCUGCUCAGCUCUUCCUCCUCCGCCCAGCUCUUCCAUCGUUCAUGGCAACAUCGUCAACGCCAAGUUGAGCCGCUUCUGGGAAGCAUCGCCAUGUCCAUCCGCUCGCUUAUCUCCAACGCAUCCGAAGCAACACAGCUUCAACCUCUCCUACAACCAAUCCCUCUGUCGCAGUCCUCGCCCAGCCUGAUCACCAUCGCCAACCUAUUGACUCAGCUGGACCAUGCUGCCAACCCAUCCAAAGCAUCUCCCACCACAAAUGCUGUUCAGCUUUCGCGACAACACAUUCUCUCACCUUCAUCAGAGCAUCCCCCCAGUCCCGGCAGCGCCUGGGAGGUGGUCGAGUCUGGCAUGGAGUGGUCCUCGCUCAAAGCCUGCGGUGCCAAGCAGCAGACUGCAGUCAAGGGGGAAGCCGUGCAAGUGCCUCCCGGCAUCAUACCCUUCCCACCGGACGAUGAUCUGAUGCACUGGAUCCAAUCCGCCGGAUGA